AUGUCCUCCCAGCCGUCGGCCGUCGACCGCCCUCUCGCCAUGCCCAGGCCUCCUCCCAGCGAUGUCGCCGAGGACCGCCAUCACCGGAGAAAAUCCGCCGCCACCACCGCUCGGAACCUUGCCGCUGCUCCGCUGGAGAGCUCGUCGGCUGCACCUCAAAGGAGCGCCGGCGAGGAGAGGCGGGGUCGACGCCGAGAGAGGAGGGGCCCGGCGCCGCUCCAGAUCCGCGCCGCCGCCGCCGCCGUCCUCCUCGCUCCGCCUCCUCGUCGCCACCGAGAGAGGAGGAGCCCGGUGCCACUCCAGAUCCGCACCGCCGCCGCCGUCCUCCUCGCUCCGUCUCCUCGUCGCCGGCGCGGCUCUCCACUCCAGUCCCCCACUCUCGUUGAGCUCGGCGAGGUGCGGCGUGCGGGGCGAGACGAGAGGCGGCGCGCGGAGAAGGAGGAGGCGUUGUCCCGGCGACGUGCGAAGCUCGGGCUGGCGGGGACGGCGCGCGUCGCCACGGGCGACGACGACACGGCGUCGGUGGCGACGACGGCGACUACCACCACCGCGCACAAGGCGUUGUCGAGCACCCCGCCAUUCUACUACGCGCACGGCGUUAUGCAGACGGCGGACACCAAGGACCUCAUCCUCGCCAUCCCCAAGCUGGAGUCUGCUGUGUGGAGGUGGUCGCCGGCCCGGCGCUGGAAAGGGGAAAGUGGGAUAGAGUGGAGGUGGUCGCUGAGAAUGGGAAAGUAGCAGAGAGAAUGGGUUGGAGUGGUUGGCUUGAGGAUCCCGUGUAGUAACCUGCACCAUGUGAGACUAUGUGUGGUGUGGAUUCGUUAUGCAUCUACAAGGUAACUCAAACGAGGGACUUGCACUGCUACCGCCCUUACACCUCAAUUUUCAUAGAGCUGCCCAACCUUUUUAUGAAGUCCAAACUGAAAAAGAAUAGGAGUAGACUGCAGUUGGGUUCCUCCUUUUCGAGGAUCUUUCCCAAAUUUUCGGUUCAGAUUGAAAAAGAAACUUGCUUCAAAAA